AAAACACCAGUCUUUAUUAUUACCACUGAUAAAGGCGCCUUUGUUUCGUGAACGGAGUGACAAGUAGUGACUGUAAUAUGGAAUUCACAACACACACUAUUGUUAAUAUCACAGGAUAGGCCAAGGAUUGUCGUAUUGCUACAGGCCUGCGUGUGAAGUGUAAAAACGGCUUGCAGUGUUAAAUUCGAGCAUCCAACUGUGGAGAAUCGAUAUCAUCUUCCACAUUCGAUAUGACAGUCGAAAGAAAAUACAAGGAUAUACCCAGCGACCCGCCGGAAGAACUGCCACCGACGAGUGAAAAGUGUUUCAAAGGAAAUGAAGUACUUAAGUGGAAAGUGUAUAAGAGAAGAUGGCUCAUUCUUUUGAUAUACGUGCUCUUUUGUAUCGUCAGUACCUCGCAAUGGACUCAAUACGCAAUCAUUAAUAACGUAGUAAUUAGAUAUUACAAUGUUGACAGUAUUUAUGUGGACUGGACAGCUAUCAUCUACAUGGCUAUAUAUGUCCCGGCUAUCAUUCCAGCUCUCAUGUUUCUCGAAAAGAAGGGUUUACGAUGGGCUAUAUUCUUGGGUGCUCUCGGAACUGCUUUGGGUUCGUGGAUUAAGGCAGUAUCAGUUGCACCUGACAGAUUCUGGGUUACGUUCACAGGGCAGACCUUCGUAGCAAUUUCCCAGGUGUUUCUUCUGAGCAUCCCGCCACGUUUGGCAGCUGUAUGGUUUGGUUCAAAUCAAGUGUCAACUGCUUGUUCCAUUGGAGUUUUUGGAAACCAGCUGGGAAUGGCAGCUGGAUUCCUCCUGCCUCCAAUGUUUGUUAAGAAUCACGCUAACAUUGAGGACAUCGGGUCUGACCUUUCAUUUAUGUUCAACUGCACUGCAGGAGUCUGUACAUUUCUAUUAAUCCUGGUCGUGGCUUUCUUCCAAGCGGCACCUCCCUUACCGCCAAGUCCAGAACAGGCCCUCAAGGUACAAGAUGCAAGCAGGAAGGAAGGGUUCUUUUCAGGAGUGAAGAGGCUACUGGAGAACCGGGGCUUCAUUCUCCUACUCUUCACUUACGGCCUGGCAGUGGCAGUUAUCAACUCACUCUGCACAUUACUCAAUCAACUCAUACUGACUUACUUCCCGGGUGGAGAAGAGUUUGCGGGACAGGUUGGCUUAGUGUUUGUGGCUGGAGGAAUGGUGGGCUCUGUUAUCUUUGGAAUAAUUUUGGACAAGACACAUAAGUUCAAGGAAACUACAGUCAUCAUAUACGGAUUUGCAGCACUGGGCAUGUUGGCUUUUACAUUAACCUUAGGACUUGGAUCUAGAAUUCUUGUCUAUGGAACAUCAACUUUUGUUGGGUGCUUUUUGGGUGGAUAUAUGCCUGUUGGAUUCGAGCUGGGAUCUGAGAUUACAUAUCCUGAACCAGAGGGCACUACUGCAGGUAUUGUGAUUUUGGCGACGCAAAUACUGAGCGUCUUCCACGCCAUGGCCUACACCUGGAUGAUUGGUGUGAUAGGUGACUUGUGGGCUAACAUCAUCCUGACUGUCACACUGCUCAUUGGAACUGGACUGACCGCCAUGAUACCUUCAGAUUUACGACGGCAAGAGGCACACAAGAAAAAUGUACUAUAUUUCUAAAAUAUCACUGUAGCGUACAAAGAAAAUGUGCCGCGUAGCCGUUCUCGUCGUCAGACCUCUUGUGAGUUGACGCCCCAGUUCCAAGGUCACACUGGGUUCUUCUCAGUGAUAUAAAAAUUCAGUGUCCAAGUGAUGCAGCAGUUAUUUCGUAAACAUUGACUGUCGUGGAUGGACAUAGACUGAAAGGCCUUGUGUGUGUGGACACUGACAAAACAUAGCUGCGGUCUAGAAAUCUGAGAACACCUGCUCUGUUCUAUCUUCCUUGGUCCACAUCACCAUCCAUCAUUACCACUACUCUUAAUGUUAGAUCUAGAAGUGUCGUGGUGAAAAGCUGGCACAUAACACAGUAUACACAUCAUAUUAAAGUUUAUAACUUAUAAUCCGAUAAUAUUUCAAAAUUGUAAAUAUCUGACAAAACUGAAUAAAAAAUAAUAUCUAA